AAUUAUUCCAUUUUCCAUUCAUAUUUCUCCAUUCCAACCAUCAUGCCUAACCAAUGUCCUGUUGAUCAUACCAAAAUAAAUAUUACAGAAAAACCUCCUUCUUCUUCUACACCAGAGGUAAUUACAGUAGAAUAUUCAACUUUGACUCCUGUUGACGAUGAUUCCAAAUGUCCUGUGGAUCCUUUAACCUACAAGUCAGCUACCAUUACCACUACUGUGGCCAACCCUACCUCUACAUCGGCUCAACACUCAAGCUCAACUGUGACUACUGCUCCUAGCGAUCUUAGUGACUAUACCAAGUUAACUUCUGUGGAUGACGAAUCAAAAUGUCCUGUGGAUCCUUCCGCAUAUAAACAUUUUUUACCUAAAAGUGAGGAUCAACCACAAUGCCCAGUAACCCCAAGUAGUUAUCAUCAUUUUGUACCUAAGCCUGAAGACAAGGUGGUCCCCGAAACAGUACAUACUGCGGCCCAAGCAAGUACAGCAAAAGAAGGAUGCGACUCGGAUGCCAUUGAUAGUAGUAAUUAUAUGCCUCAUAUCUCUCAACAACCAUUACCAGAUCAAAAGGGUCAUUUGGGAAAACAUCGUGAAAUCUCAUCUAUUCCAAGAGCUAAUUCGGAUGAAAAACUAUGGGUAUAUCCUUCGGAACAAAUGUUCUUCAAUGCCAUGCGUCGUAAAAAUUGGAAUCCGGAAGAAGCUGAUAUGCCUGUGGUUGUUCCUAUCCAUAAUGCUGUCAAUGAACAAGCCUGGCAAAAGAUUUUGGAGUGGGAACAAUUACAUGUUACAGAAUGCAAUCAACCCAAACUUUUGAAAUUUCAAGGCAGACCCAAGGACAUUACUCCUAAAGCACGAUUCCGUUCUUGGUUAGGAUAUAGCUUACCUUUUGAUCGACAUGAUUGGACGGUAGAUCGUUGUGGUGAAAAAGUGACAUAUGUGAUUGACUUUUACGCUGGUAAACAAGAUCCUCGAAAACCUCAAGGUGUUAGUUUCUACCUGGAUGUCCGACCUGCUGUUAGUCCUAGUGGGAUUUGGGAUCGAUUGCGGAUGGCGUUUAAGAAGGGUGAAUUUAUUUAGAUUAGACCUUUUUUUUACAUUGAAUGACAAUAAAACAUUUUAUUAUUUGGUUAUAUGAAUA